UUUAUUCCUCGGUGAAAACCAACUUUCUGGUCCUAUUCCACAAGAACUUGGGAAUUUGACAAACUUGGUCAUAUUGCGAAUGGAUGAAAAUCAGUUAUCUGGCUAUUUGCCAUGGUGGAAGACUUGAAAGUUUCAGUGUAAACAACAACCGGCUUGUCGGUCCCAUCUCCAAGAACUUGAGAAACUGUUCUACCUUGACCAGAGUCCGCCUAGGCGGGAAUCAGCUUGCUGGAAAUAUUGCUGAAGAUUUUGGUGUCUAUCCAAAUCUGCAAUUCAUGGAUCUAAGUAACAAUUGUUUAUUUGGUGAAACCUCAAACACAUGGGGACAGUACCCACAAUUGACUUCCCUCAAGAUGGCAAGAAAUAUCAUCACUGGAAUCAUACCAUCAGAGAUUGGAAAUUUAACCACCCAACUCCGAGUACUUGAUCUUUCUUCCAAUCAACUCAAUGGUUCCAUUCCUGCUUCAUUUGCUAAUUUGAUAAACUUGAAAAUUUUAUACCUCCAUGACAACCACCUUUCUGGUCCUAUUCCAAAAGAAAUUGGGAAUUUGAAGUUAUUGAGUCUGAUUUUAAAUGAUAAUCAACUUUCUGGUGAUAUACCUCUAGAACUCGGAUUGGCAACUGAGCUGUUGUAUCUUGACCUGUCAAGAAACAGAUUAAGUGGGUCAAUACCGAGAAAUCUGGGAAACUGCACGCAGCUUAAUUACUUGAACUUGGGCAACAACAGUUUUACUCAGGAAAUUCCGCUUGAGAUCAGUAAGAUGGUUGGCCUGUCCAGGAUGGAUUUGAGUCACAAUAUGCUUACAGGGAAGAUACCGUUACAAUUCAAAUUUUUGGUGAGUUUGGAGAGGCUGGAUCUCUCCCACAACAAUUUUACUGAGGAAAUUCCGCUUGAGAUCAGUAAGAUGGUUCGACUGUCCAGGAUGGAUUUGAGUCAUAAUUCGCUUACAGGGAAGGUACCAUUACAAUUCAAAGAUUUGAUGAGUUUGGAGAAGCUGGAUCUCUCCCAUAAUAAACUAUCUGGUCUCAUACCAGAAGCUCUUGAACAAAUCACUAAUUUGUUGUAUGUUGACAUAUCCUACAAUGAGCUGCAAGGUCCCAUUCCUAACAGCAAAGUCUUUAGAGAUGCUCCCAUAGAGGCAUUACAAGGGAACAAAGGGUUGUGUGGCAAUGUUAAUGGAUUGCAACCUUGCAAAAGGCGUUCAACUGCGCACAAACAUAUUCCAAAAAGAAACCACAAAUUCAUUCUUAUAGUUGUAUGUCUCCUUGUUGGACCAUUUUUACUUCUUGGUGCAUUCUUCGGACUUUUCCUAAUAUACGAAAGAAGGAAAGGAAAUGCACAAGUCGAAGAACAAUGCGAUAUGCAAGAUAUUGAUGCUUUUUCAGUUUUGACUUAUGAUGGGAGAACAACAUAUGACGAAAUCUUAACAGCCACCAAUCAUUUUGAUGCCUCAUAUUGCAUUGGAAAAGGUGGACAUGGAACUGUCUACAAAGCAGAGCUGACAUCAGCUAAUGUAGUAGCUGUGAAGAAACUUCACCGGUCAUCUGAGAUGGGAGAUGCUAAAGGUUUUAGAAAUGAGAUAAGGGCUUUGACAGAAAUAAGACACCAGAACAUUGUAAAACUUUAUGGUUUCUGUUCACAUGCUUGACACAAUUUUUUAGUUUACGAGUAUCUUGAAAGGGGUAGCUAGGCCACAAUCUUGAGCAGAGAUGAAGAGGCUCAAGAACUGGAUUGGCGUAAGAGGGUGAAUAUAAUCAAGGGUGUGGCUCAUGCAUUGUGUUACAUGCACCAUGAUUGCUCACCACCAGUUGUUCACAGAGACAUAUCAAGCAACAACAUUUUGCUGGAUUCAGAUUAUGAGGCUCAUGUUUCAGACUUCGGCACUGCUAAACUUCUGAAGUCAGACUCGUCGAAUUGGAGUUCACUUGCAGGAACAUACGGAUAUAUUGCACCACGUAAAAAAUAGUUUAUUGUUACCCCAAUUUUAAUUUGAUAUAGAAUCCACAGAACUUACACACGUUAUAUAAUUUUCUUUUUCUC